AUGCUAUCCAAACUGUUCACAGUUCUAACCGUGCUCCCGCUUGUCCACGGUGGCUUUGACGCCUCGAGUGUAUCCUGGUAUACUUCACCCGCCAAAGACUUUGCAUCAGCACUGCCCAUCGGCAAUGGCAGACUGGGUGCAGCUGUCUGGGGAUCUGCAGUCGAAAAUGUGACGCUGAAUGAGAAUUCCAUCUGGACUGGUCCGUGGCAGAAUCGGGUCAAUCCCGAUGCCUAUGAUGCUUUUCCACAGGUUCGAUCGUUGCUUCAAGAUGGAAAUAUCACAGAGGCAGGACGGAUUGCGCUGUCUGAUAUGGCCAGUCCGACACCUGAAACGCAGUCAUCCAAUCCGUUGGGAACAUUUCAGGUCGACUUUGGCCAUUCGGCGGAGGGCAUCAGCUCAUAUGUGCGAUAUUUGGAUAUGAAUCAAGGGAAUGCCGUGGUCGAGUAUGAUUAUAACGGUGUGCGAUAUAGCCGUGAAUAUAUCGCCAGUCACCCAGCCGGAGUCAUCGCCAUUCGACUUUCUGCCGACAAAACUGGCAGUUUAUAUAUAUCUUUGUCGUUAUCUCGCAGUCUGAAUGCCACUGAAGUAUCAGCGUCUGCCAGUAAUGCGACUGGUUUGUUGGUUCUAAAGGCCAACAGUGGACAAUCCACGGAUGCGAUAACCUUUACUUCCGAGGCAAAAAUCGUAACAAAUGAUGGAAAUAUAUCUACCAAUGGAUCAUCGAUUGUGGUCCAGAAUGCCUCGACAGUCGACAUUUUCAUCGACGCAGCAACAUCGUACAAUUUCCCCAGCAUUGAAGAUCAAAUAAAGCAAGUCAAAAAGAAACUCGACUCAGCCGCCAACCAAGGCUACCCAGCAGUCAAGAAAAAUGCAAUCGCCGACCAUAAAAGUCUGGCUGAUCGUGUGAAGCUGGCUCUGGGAUCUUCAGGCCCGGCGGGCACUCGGUCAACAGACAUCCGACUGUCCAACUACAAGAACAACCCCGACAGCGAUCCCCAACUUGUCGCAUUGAUGUUUAAUUUCGGUCGUCAUCUUCUGAUUUCAUCUUCACGGGACUCAGAAUCCCCUGGACUUCCUGCUACUCUACAGGGAAUCUGGAAUCAGGAUUAUGCACCCGCCUGGGGAGGGAGGUAUACCCUCAACAUCAACCUGCAGAUGAACUACUGGCCGGCAGAGGUAACCCAUCUUGGUGAUACCUUUGGGCCUUUUGUUGAUUUGUUAGACACUGUUCUUCCACGAGGACAAGCAGUCGCAACGAGUAUGUAUGGCUGCGACAAUGGAGGCUUCGUCGUGCACCACAACACGGAUCUCUGGGGCGAUGCUGCACCCGUUCAGAAUGGAUCAUCCUAUACCGUCUGGCCGAUGGCUGGGGCAUGGCUGUCGCUGCAUCUGAUGGAGCAUUAUCGCUUCACCCGGGAUAGAGACUUUCUGGAACAACGUGCCUGGCCGAUCCUCCAAAGCGCAGCCAACUUCUACUAUUGCUAUCUCUUCAUGUUCAACGAGUCGUGGAGUACAGGACCGUCACUGUCUCCAGAGAACCUCUUUGUAGUUCCAUCUGAUAUGCAAAAGAGGGGCAGCGAGGAAGGAAUCGACAUUGCCCCAACGAUGGACAACUCCCUGCUUUACGAACUGUUCAAUGCAGUCAUCGAAACAAGCCAGAUUCUCAACAUCACCGGUGAUGAUAUCAACAACGCCAAAAGCUAUCUGGCCAAGAUCAAGCCUCCACAGAUCGGAUCAUACGGGCAGAUUCUGGAAUGGCGAGAGGAAUAUGAAGAACAAGAUCCCGGCCAUCGCCACAUCAGCCCGAUGUUUGGUCUCUAUCCUGGCUCUCAAAUGACGCCUCUUGUAUCCCAGACUCUGUCCAACGCAUCAAAAGCUCUUUUGGAUCAUCGCAUCAGCCAUGGGAGCGGCAGCACGGGCUGGUCACGAACAUGGGCGAUGAACCUGUAUGCAAGGCUGUUCGAUGGCGACACUGCAUGGAACCACACCAAGGUCUUUCUGCAAACAUAUCCCAGCGACAAUCUGUGGAAUACAGACUCCGGGCCAGGAACGCCUUUUCAGAUCGACGGCAAUUUUGGUUUCACGGCGGGGAUUGCCGAGAUGCUACUGCAGAGUCACUCUGUGGUACAUCUGCUGCCGGCGUUGCCGUCGGCUGUCCCUGAUGGGAGUGUGGCUGGGUUGGUGGCAAGGGGCAAUUUCAUCGUCGAGAUGGAAUGGUCGGAUGGGACGCUUCAACAGGCAAAUAUCACGUCGAGGAGUGGUGGUGUGCUUGCUGUUCGUGUUCAGGAUGGAGUCCAGUUUGCCAUCAACGGCAUUCUAUAUACAGAGCCCAUCACCACAACUGCGGGGACGACAUACCAUGUUGGUCGCGUUUAA